AUGCGGUCAACUUCCGAGAACAUCGAGCCCAUCUUCUUCAACUAUGGCAAUCCCAUCGUUGCCACGACCGUAGCCACCGAGCCGGUUGCUGCUACCAUGGUCAACCACGCUGCGGCCAAACUCGCUCUCGGUACUGCCGAUAACGUCAACAACCAUCCCAUCGAGAAGCGCCUCGCGUCCGCCGCCAAGUGUCCUCCACCUCCCGGCGAGGACCGCAGCUGCGACAGCGUCGACAAAUCCAAAAUCUCGUCCAUUGCCGUCCAUUGCUCCUACAUCUGGGACCAAGGCAAGAACCACAACCUGCUCAACUACAAGGUCGUCAUCAACCCGACAGGCCAGAACACGCGAUGCUGGUGCAAGCAGUUCCUCGCCGCCGUCCGUGACCGCUGUCCCAAUGGCGAGAUCGAGUGGGCCUACCCGGUCUUCAAGUGCAAUCACAAGCACAUCCGCAACACGCUGGGCUAUGGCAUAUAUAUCAACUUCUACAACAACGUCUGGGUCGUCGGCGAGGACAACCGCGGCUGUAUCAAGGCAGCCAUCGAGGACACCACCUGUGGCGUUCCCCUUCAGUUGGAGCGGGGCGGUUGCUACAAGAAGGAUUGA